AUGGGUGUAACUCCUCUUGAGCUUGUUCUUCAUGCCAUGAAAAUCAAAGUUGUUUCGUGCCUUGAAUCUUCUUAUAAUAUUCCAUUGCAUUUCUUCCUCCAUGUUUUUGGCUUUGGGCUCGGCCUUUUUCUGGUCUUGGACCGCAAUGAAAAUGGGUUUGGGCAUUUGGCUGGUGUUGCUGCUGUUGCCUAUUAUCAGCUGCUCUGCAUGUUCGGAGGACGAGAGAAUGUCUCUCUUGGAUUUCAAGAAAGUUCCUUUAACCUUCUAUCCAUCCCUCCACAAGUUGGAGAGCUGAGGAGACUCAAGAAUCUGCGCUUGUCUGAUUGUGGAUUUAUUGGCCAAAUUCCAAGAGAGAUUGGUAACAUGUCCACCUUGAAAUUCCUUGACCUCUCCUACAAUGAAGGUUUGCAGAGCAGCAACUUGGGUGACUGGAUAACAAAUUUGAGAGGGUUGGAGUACUUGGACCUCUCUUACAAUAAUCUCACUAUGGCAGGAGACACUCUGCUGGGGAGCAUCGCCUCUCUCACCAAUCUCACCACAAUUCGCAUGUACGGUUGUGGACUAUCAGGGGAAAUUCCUCCCUCCUUUGCGAAUCUCUCACGGCUUCAAUGGUUGGGCCUUUCAGGAAACUCAUUAAGAGGUAAGAUCCCUGCCUUUGGUGCACCUCUUCCUUUGUCAUAUCUUGCUCUUUCUGCCAACAAUUUGGAAGGUUCUCUUCCCUCCUCUUUAGGUGGCCUCUCAAAAUUGCAGUCUCUCUAUCUUUAUUCAAACAAAUUGAAUGGCAGCAUUCCGUCUAUUCUAGGUAAUCUCUCAGCCCUGAGAAUUCUUUAUCUACAGAAUAACUCUUUGAGUGGUCCGAUCCCAACUUCCUUUGCCAAGUUGUCCAAACUAGAGGUGACAGGACCUGCUGGUGAUGUGGCAGGUAGAUCUGCUGACAUAGCAGGUGACUGGACCUACUAG